AGCACAGACAGUCAGUCAGUCAGUCAGUCGUGCUACGUACGGCAGGAGCUGCAGUUGCUCUGACACAUUUUUUUUUGUUUUGUUUUUUUUUUUUGGUACUACAGACCGCUGCCCCCUUUAAGUCCGUAUCGGUUCAGAGUUUCCGUUUUUGGAUAGUCUUGCUGCAAAGGCACACGCACCCACGCUUCUUCUUCAGAGAUAACAUCUCAAGGUGAAUGCCGUCAUGCCAUUUGGGUGCCUUGCUCUACGAGAUGGGCGGACUUAUGAUAGUAUAUCUGAUGUGACAGACAAAUAUGAAAUCGGCCAGGUCCUCAGAGCGAAGGAGUUCUGUGAGCUGUGCCUGGCUAAAGACAGACAAACAGACAAAGUGUUUGUCUGCAAGAAAUUUCUCAAGAAAGACGGCAAGAAAGUCCGCAAGGCCGCCAAGAAUGAGAUCAUGAUCCUGAAAUUGGUCAACCAUCCAAACAUCCUUCAGCUUAUUGACACAUUUGAGACGCGAAAAGAAUACUUCAUCAUCCAAGAACUUGCCACGGGGGGAGACGUCUUUGACUGGAUUCAGGACCAAGGGAAUUACACGGAAAAAGACGCCUCCAGCGUCAUUAGACAGGUCCUGGAGGCUGUGGCGUACUUGCACUCUCUCAACAUAGUCCACAGAAACCUGAAGCUGGAAAAUCUGAUGUACUACACAGAGAACAAUCACAACAAAGUAGUUCUGCGAGAUUUCUACCUCUCCAGAUUUGAGAAUGGGCCGAUCACAGAACCCUGUGGAACACCAGAAUACCUGGCCCCUGAAGUAGUGGCUCGUCAUCGCUAUGGCCGACCAGUGGACUGCUGGGCUGUGGGUGUUAUUAUGUUCAUACUCUUAUCGGGUAAUCCUCCUUUUUAUGAUGAAACAGAAGAGGAGAAUACAGAUUUACAUAAUCGCAUCAUUUUCUGUCGCAUUGUUGCUGGUGACUUUGAGUUUGAUUCCCCAUACUGGGAUGACAUAUCCCCUGCAGCUAAGCAGCUUGUCUGCCGACUCAUGGAGGUGGACCAGAUGCUGAGAAUCACAGCACAAGAUGCACUCUGGCACGAAUGGAUUGCAGGCAACGGCGCAUCAGAGAAGAACCUAAAGGAUGGCGUCUGCGCUCAAUUUGAGAAGAACUUUGCAAAGGCCAAAUGGCGGAAAGCGAUACGCGUCACCACCUUCAUGCAGCGACUGAAGAAUUCCGAAUCAGUUAUUGACAGUUCGACUGAGGUAAAGGGCGAAGAAGAAGCAGAACAAGUAGAAGGAGGGGUGUCCCAGGUGGCGAGCGACGGUGGCGAUAGCAGGAUCGGCGGGGUCGCUGACGGAGGAGUGACACCCGGCGGUGUCUCUUUAAAGGUGAUCGUUGAAAAUAGACCGGCAGGUGCGGACCGGGCGGUAGAAAAACAGGAGGUGAAUGUGGUUCUUGAACCCUCGGCUGAAGCAUCUCCGUCAAGCGAAAAGCUCGGCGCGGCUAAUGAAAACAGGAAAACCGUCACCGAUUCAGAUCCAAACAAAGAAUCCAAAAUAACCUUGGUGACUUCGGAACAGACCAAGCUACCAGAUAGUACUUCUGAUCCACAUCUUGACAGGAAACAGACAAUCCCCUACCAAGAUCCCAACAGCAAGCUUAAGAUGGCUGCAACACUUCAUAGCCAUCCACCCACAGCAUCUUCAGGUGCCGCCCACAAGCCUGAAAGUGACGGGAGCUGGUGUCAGACACAAGUACCCGAGUCGGUAGCAGAGAGCUCAGUGGGAGCGGCAGUCACACCAGGAAUUGCACCAGGACAAGCGAUAGAUGUGAGUAUAGGAGUUAGCUUAAGACCCGAAGCGAGUCCCGCAUCGAGGAAGGACGGGGAUACCCGAAAAACAGACAGAUACAGCGCUGAGUUUAAUAUCGCGAGGGCGGGUCCUCCAAAAGGUCAGGGUUGCUACGCAGUUGGCAGCUCUGCCAGUUUGGGUCGUCACGCCACACCUUUCCACACAGACAUUGGAACCGUAGGCAUGGGGAUGGCAGGGCCCUACGGGAGCCCGUAUAGCACUCUGUACGCAAGCGGAAGAGGCGGGGGCGUGUACGGAACUGGUCUACAUCACGGAGAAGUAGGAAGCGCCGCGACGAGCGACUGGCAAAUGGACAGCGUGAUCGAGCAGAUCGAGAAACAAAUGGCGGCAGUGCUGGAGAAAAUCGAGGGAGACAUGCCCUCGUUGCUGGAGCAAAUAAGUGACUGCCCCUCGGAGCCGCUGCGCAUCAGGAGCACGCAGGCGUCGCCCGCCACCUCCCGCGCGCGCACGUCACAGCACUCAACCGAAACAUCUGGCACCCCUCCACCUCUUCCCAAGUCUCCCAGGCCUGCGCUGCCAUCUCUCCCUCGCCUUGCUAUCCCGCCCCCUUCGUAUCCUCCACCCUCCCCUCCUACUCAAGCCUCGGGAGAGCAGAUGGAGAAAGGUGGACAGAGAGGGGCGGAAUAUUGCAGCCAUUCCCCUGGAGCUGGAAUGAGCAGAGGCUUAUAAAACAGGUGGGAAUAAUAAGAUACUCUUAUGUUGAAAACUGAGGUCCUGAUUGAUAGUCCAACCGACACAACACACCCACCUUAACCCCCCCAGAUGUACUGUUUGGUAUGAUGCUAUAAUUACAAUAUGAUGACCAGCACACAAAUACUCUGAUAAAGAGGAAUAUGUAUAUUUAGAGCAUGAUCUCACUCCACUUCAACACUGGAAUCCAAGCACUUUGUGUCAUCAAAAAAAGCACAGUAUGGAGAAAACAAAACAUUAUUUAACUCUGCUACAAAUUGUAAAUACAGUACCAGAUUUUUUGAUUUUUUGCAUGUUGGUCACACUUUUUCAGAUCAUAAAACAAAUGUAAAUAUUAGUCAAUGACAACACAACCGAACGCAAAAUUCACUUUUUCUAUGAAACUUUUUAUUACUUAGGAAGAAAAGAAAAAUCAAACCUUUGAACCCACAGUGUGAUGCCAAAAACAUGGAACAGUAGUGGGCCAGCCAUCCAAAAUUACCCUAAGAGCAUAGUGACCACUUAUCCAAGAGGUCACAGAAUACCCCACAAGGUCAUGUCUCCACCAUAAGACACUGGGCAAAAAUGGCCUGCAUGGCAAAGAACAAAAAACACUUCUAAACAAUUAAGACACUUAAGAACAUUAAGGCUCGUUUCAAUUUUGCCACAAAACAUCUGGUCCCCUCCUCUGUAGUCUGGCGAGACAAAAGUUUAACUUUCUGGAUGGUGCCCCUUUUACAUCUGGCACAAAAGUAACGCCGCAUUUCAGAAGAACAUCAUACCAACAGUAAAAUAUGGUGGAGGUAGUGUGAUUGUGCAUCAGUCAACUGUGUUUUUUUUUCCUUUCUCUGCUAGUUUGGCUAGUUUGGUUUGACUGGUGAUAUAAAGUCAGUUGGAAAACCGCUUGUAAUACUGAAAAAUAGUUAUAAUGUAAAUAAUUCAACAAUAAGGCCACUUUACUUACCCACAUACACAUAUAGCUGAAUAAUAAACAAUACAUAUAGCAACUUAUGAUCAAUCCAAAUCAAUUUCAGACUUUAAAAUCAUGUGCAGCACUUGGUGAUCAGUUGUGUUGUCAUUGACUAAUAUUUAAAUUUGUUUCAUGACUGAAAUAUUAAUUGCGACAAACAUGGUAAAAAUAUUAUUGAUCGGGAAGUGGACAAACACUUUUUCACACCGCUGUACAUGUACUGUAAGUAGGUUCCUAAUUCUUGUUCUGCUGUAUGUUGUAAACUUCCACAUGUUCGCACAUGUUUUAACAUUUUUCUAAAAAAAAAAAAAAAAAAAAAAAAAAAAAGCACUUCCAUUUGUACUUUUGUCCGUUUUAACUUUGAGAUGUGGCAAACCGGGGCUGAUCCAACCUUAUUCCUUGUUAAUGUGAAACAUGUCCUCAGCCAUGUUUUCCAGUUGUUGUGCUCAUACUUUUUAUUGGGAGAAGAACUCAUUUAUUUUAGCAUCACAAGUGUAACAAUGCUUUACGUUUUUUUUCACACGUUUGGGUCCAUUUUGUUUUUUGUCCCUGAUAAAGUCUAUCCACCAUUUCCCCCAAUGUACUUUACUGUCUGCAGAUCUAUGAAUAAAGUCAGAAAUUAUCAUAUUCAACUGUUUCAGAACAAAUUCAUUUAAAAAAUAACUAUGUCUUAGAUAUAAUGGCAGAGUUUUUACAUACAAUCAUGUUCGAAAUCAUAAGAAAUGUAAAAAAAACAAUAAUUUACGUUUUGUACUAUUGGGUCUUAUAGGGAUAGUUCUUUUUGGCCUUUUUGGGA